UACAAAGAAUCAGUUGCAUUAAGACAACAUUACAGAGAAUUCAAAGAAGCCUUCAAGACAAGAAAUAGAGAUAACUAUAACAAAGUAGCUGAACAAACAACCACUUUCUCAGAAGCAGAACUUAUAACAAGGGAUGAGCUAGCACUUGAUGGUCUAUCAUUUAGAGAUAACAACAAAGAGAAUAACCCUACUCAAGGAAAUAUAUCAUUAGUAAUUCUAAUGGAGGAAGACUUUACAACAGUAUCCUACAAAAGGAAAAAGAACAAACAAAUCAAAAAUAUACGCAAACAAGCAACAGUAAGGCAAACUCCAUACAAGAAAGGAUGA